AACAGCGAGAAGACAAUAACAGUUUUUGACGGAAAAAAAAAGCAUCUUCUGACAGUCCCCGUUAGAAUGACGUCAAUUCACUCCGAGAAAAGCAAAAAAGUCUUCAUUUUCGUGGACCCAGAGACAGGGCUGCUGUACAGAAUACGCCUGGCCACAGAAAAGGACGCAGGGAACUUGAGAAGGGCCUGCGCCUUGGAUGAUGCCCUGGAGAAAUAA